AAUUCACUCUCUUAGCAACAAAAAUUUGGUUCUCAAUUUUGGUUGUAUGUCAAGGAUUACCUGUAUUCUGUCGAAGGAUCCUUGCCAUACACAGAUACAAUGCAUAUAUAGGUAAAACAUACCACAGCUGUUUGAAGUCAAAAGAAAAAAAAGGACAGAAAGUUGCUUCAUCAGUAACAGUACUUUCGCUUGGAACGUAGUAAGGGAAAUACGAAAUCAAGCCACAGUUAUAAGGACUAACAUGAAGACCCUGUGGGAGGAAACACUAAAUGCCACCCUUCUAUUUAUAAAUGAGAAAAGCGGGUGUUGUUGGGAAAACUUCGACAAAAGCGAGUCUGAGAAGGUGCUACUAGACGCCUCCUGAUUUCUGGCUCCGGCAAGAAGACCUGAAAGAAGCGGCGCUCUGUCCUUUUCGGAGCCCACGUAGUUUUCCUCUCUUACUGCUUAAAAGCGCUGCAGCAGCGGCGUCCGCGGAGGUAGCGGCUCUUAGAAGGCCCCUGAGAGGGGAGGGAGCAGAAGCAACGACGCCGGGCGAAAGCGCUCGGCUUCCGGGCACCGUCGCCGAAGCUCGGCGCGGGUGGGUGUCCGCCUUCGUCAGUGCCACGGUGUCUCCUUGCGGCAGGCAGAGCUGGAAGCAGCCCCGUCUUGCUUCGGUAACCGAUCCGAUCCCCGCUGUCCGGUCAGCCGCAUGCAGCCCUCACCCUGGAGCGGAGGCGGCGGAUCGAAGAGCUCUCCAGAUCCUCCCGGCAGCGGCUGCUCCAGUCCAGGGACAAGAUGUUCUCCAAGUUCACCUCCAUCCUGCAGCACGCCGUGGAAGCGCUUGCACCUUCCCUUCCAUUGCAAGAGGACUUCGUUUAUCAUUGGAAGGCAAUUACCCAUUAUUACAUAGAAACAUCAGAUGACAAGGCUCCUGUGACUGAUACCAAUAUUCCAUCACAUCUGGAGCAGAUGUUGGACAUUUUGGUUCAAGAAGAAAAUGAAAGGGAAUCUGGAGAAACAGGUCCUUGUAUGGAAUAUCUGCUACAUCACAAAAUUUUGGAAACCUUAUACACUUUGGGAAAGGCUGAUUGUCCUCCAGGCAUGAAACAGCAGGUUUUAUCUUUUUAUACUAAACUUCUGGGAAGAAUACGGCAACCUCUUCUUCCACACAUAAAUGUACACAGACCUGUACAGAAAUUAAUAAGACUGUGUGGUGAAGUUCUUGCAACACCUACAGAAAAUGAAGAAAUCCAGUUUCUCUGCACAGUAUGUUCAAAGUUGAAACAAGAUCCAUACCUGGUUAAUUUUUUUCUUGAAGUGAUUCCAGGCCCUGUCCUACACAUUUCUUCGAGGCAGAACAAGCAGAAAGGAUUGGCUUCAAAAGAUGCAGUAAACUCAAUCACAGAGGACCUCGUAAAAAGGCAAGAUUCUGGAGUGACAGAUACAGGACAGUCAAUUCAAUCUGAAGAAACAUCAAAUAGGACAAAGCAAGCAGAGAGUGAGAAUGACCUUCAGCAGGCAGAUAAUUUCUCUGCAAAUCAGAUUGAAUUAAACAUCCCUUUAUCUCCAGAGGCUUUAGCUGUUCGCCCACAUGGGGAUUAUAAUUUGGUGAAUUCUCUGCUCAACCUUACCAAAAGCCCAGAUGGCCGAAUAGCAGUGAAAGCUUGUGAAGGCCUCAUGCUUCUAGUGAGUUUGCCUGAACCAGCAGCUGCCAAGUGCUUAACACAGAAUAUAUGUUUAUGUGAACUGCUGACAGAUAGGCUGGCGUCUCUUUACAAAGCCCUCCCCCAAUCCAUGGAUCCUUUAGAUAUCGAAACAGUCGAAGGCAUUAACUGGGGUUUGGACUCCUAUAACUACAAAGAAGACGCAUCUGCUUUCCCCGGCAAAAGAGCUCUGAUUUCAUUCCUAUCCUGGUUUGAUUACUGUGAUCAACUCAUUAAGGAAGCUCACAAGACAACUGCUCUUGCCAUGGCAAUCUCAGUGAGGGAACGUUUUUUCAUUGGUGUGAUGGAACCUCAACUAAUGCAAACUUCAGAGAUUGGAAUUCUUACUUCAACUGCCCUGUUGCAUCGUAUCGUUCGUCAAGUUUCAUCAGAUGCCUUAGUUCAUGAAAUGGUUUACUUCAUCCUUGGAGAGCAGCGGGAGCCAGAAAAACUAAUGGAUGUCAACAGGCAUCCAUUGCGACAUCGCUUAAUUGAGCACUGUGAUCACAUUUCAGAUGAGAUCAGCAUAAUGACCCUCAGAAUGUUUGAACAUCUUUUGCAAAAGCCUGAUGAACACAUUCUUUAUAACCUGGUUCUUAGAAAUUUAGAAGAGAGAAACUAUACAGAAUAUAAACCACCCUGCCAAGAAGAUAAAGACCUGGUAGAAAAUGGGCAGAUACCAGGAGCAGUAGACCUGGAAGAAGAUCCUUUGUUUACAGAUCUUUCUCCUGAUACUAUAUUAUCAAAUCAAGAAUGGAUUAGCACUUCACCACCUACAACUCCCGAUCAUCCAAAAACUGAUGGGAAGACUGAAGUUCAUAAAAUUGUAAAUAGUUUUCUCUGUCUUGUACCGGAUGAAGCCAAAUCUUCCUACCAUGUGGAAGGAACAGGUUAUGAUACCUACCUCAGAGAUGCCCAUCGACAGUUUCGGGAUUAUUGUUCCAUAUGCUUACGAUGGGAAUGGCCAGGAUCUCCUAAAUCUCUGGAAAAGUGCAAUUUAGAAGCUGCAUUCUUUGAGGGACAUUUCUUGAAAGUUCUCUUUGAUAGAAUGGGCAAAAUUCUGGAUCAGCCAUAUGAUGUCAAUCUACAAGUCACAUCUGUAUUGUCCAAGCUUUCUUUGUUUCCACAUCCACAUAUUCAUGAAUACCUUUUGGAUCCCUAUGUAAAUCUGGCUUCUGGCUGCCGUUCUCUUUUUUCAGUAAUUGUUAGGGUUGUUGGAGAUCUCAUGGUACGUAUUCAGCGCAUACCUGAUUUCACACCUAAACUUCUAUUGGUCAGGAAACGUCUUCUUGGGUUAGAACCUGAAGGGCCUAUUGUUGACCACAUGACAUUACUUGAAGGUGUGAUAGUAUUAGAAGAAUUUUGUAAAGAACUGGCUGCAAUUGCGUUUGUGAAAUACCACUCUUCAUCAGCACCAUGAGCAGCAAUCACAAACUUCACGGUUAUGUAGUGUUUCGGUGAGAAAUGGCUAAUAAAUUUUCCCAGGCAAGAAAGCAAAAAAGCAAAACAUUGGCAUAUAUUUGGAAAGUUUACAUGGGACACAUUCAAAUUGCAGAAGUGCUUUCAUUCAUUGGUAGUGGCAACUUGGAAAUGCAAAACAGACAUCGUAUCAUCAAUUCAACCGAAGGGACUCUAGCUAAAAAAGUUCAGCUUCAGAAGUUAUAUAGAUUGAACUUUAAUUAAAAUAUUUUCUUUUAAUAAUUUACUGAGAAGUAGGAAUUUUUAAAUAUAUAAAUAUAUACACAUAUUAGGCUUCAUAGGCUUUAAAUAAUAGUUUUUGUGUCAUAGCUAAGGUGUGUUUUAUCCCUUUAUAUAAAAACCAGUAAGUGAUUAAAGUGUUUUAAAAUAUUUCAGGCAAUUGGAGAAAAAAAAAAACGUAAGAAGUUUCAGACUUUAUAAACGUGACCUUUUUUCCCUGUUAUCUUUCACAUUCAUUCAAUACUUUCUCCUUAUUGAUGCCAAGUUUAGUACAGGUUUUAUUUGAAUACUUAUUCAUUAUCUCUUGUUAUGCUACAUACUAUUUUUAUAUGAUUGUUUGACUGAGAGAUAUUUUGUGCCUAUUUAUUGUUGAAAAUUCACAGGUUUUGUGCUGUUAAAUUACUUUAUUAUCCAGCUAAUUUGAAAGGCUUAUCAUCUACCACAAGGGAUAAUUGAUAAGUUAUUUUACUCGAGUCCUUGCAGGCUGUUACAAAUGAAUUGACUUCUGGGUGUGAUGUUAAUGUUUGCAGAAAUUCAUUGCAAGUCAGAGAGAGUAAAGAGCUCUUUAUUUUGGCACGCCAAAUAAUCUAGAGUAGAUGGGACACCCAAGUGGUCCUAUUAUUCAUCUCUUCUGAUCUUCCAUGGAUUGAAAAAUCAGAAUAAGACCUUUAUAAUAUUUUAUUGGUUUUUAUCUUCAUGUAAAAGAGUUGGGAUUGAUAGACUCAUUACAUGGUCCCUUUAUAUCACUUUUCCUUUAUUUGUUACACCAUUAUUACAACAAAGUCAAAUUUAAUCCAAAAUUUUCUUUUUUAAGUCUUCAGCAUUUAAUGUAAUUUUAAAGUUCUUCCUUCAUAAUAAUUUCCUUACAUGUUUGCUAAUUAUUUCAGAUAUUGUUUGGAUUGAUAUAAAUUUGGGGUGGGGGAGGAGGGAAUAGAACUAUGAUUUGUAUUUUAAGAAAGAAAACCAAUACCUGCCAGGGUAUAGGUUGCAGAAAUUUGCCAGGGACUAACACUGAUAGAGAACAGUGUAACUUCAUACUUAAAUAACUUAAAUAUAGACAUUUACACUGUGAUAAUUAAAAUUAUGUUAAAAUUUGUCUAAUAGGGCUUCCUCUUCACAUUCAGAGAGGUAUGUUUUUCUUCAUGAAUUUGGCUGUUGAAUUUGGCUAGAAAAAGAUAGACUCAGGAAAUAAUUUUAUGGAAAUAGAUCUAUCUAUGAAGCAUUUAAAACUUAUACAGGUAUAAGUAAUUUAGUCAGAUUGUUAUUAUAAGUCUUUUAAAUAUACUGGAACUUGAGUAAAUGCAUGCAAAUUAGCCCCACUCUUAAAUUUUGGGUAAUGUUCUUCAGUCUUAGGGACAUACUGCCGUUUGAAUGCUUUAGCCGUUUUGUGCAUUGUUGGCAUUGUACUUUUUAGCUGAAAAGUAUAGUCCAUGUUGUCCAAAUAAAUCAUUCUGGAGUACACAGAAAUCAAAGUGCCCCAGAGUAAGAAGAAAGAAAGUCUUGUCUCCUAUUAGAAAGGUUAUAGAAAAUAUCUAAUAUUAAAAUUCAUGUCUUCUAAAGCAUUACAAUUAAUGCCUGAAUUGUGCCUGAAUUAAGGAAAUCCAUUAAGUAUAAAUGUGUUCAUUUUGCCAGUAAAUUCCUGAAAUAUUAAAGAACCAAGAUUUUCAUGUACUCUCCUACUGUUAAGGAUUUCUUUGCCACAAUAUGCAUUUCAAAGCUAAAGAAAGCUCUCUGCAUUCUCUAUUUAGUGAGUUGUUUUUAUGUAUCCUUAAAUUUUUAGAAAAACAUUUUAUUUUUAUAAAACCAGAUUGAAUUUUCCUUCCAAAAUUGAGCUCUUUUAAUCUUUUAAAUGUUUUGAUUUCCAUGCACUUUUUUUUUUUUAAAAAAAGGCUAAUUAUUUUCUUCCUUGAAUUGUUUGAAUUAUGUUUAUCAUAACAACCCUCAGCCUGAAGAGAGCGUGUUUGUUGUGUGUUUCCAUACACUUGUAUAUGGCUAUUUAUUAUUCCUACAGAUAAAUAUACAAUAUGUUCUACAGUUUUACCACUAGGGUUAAAGAGGUUAGAGGUAUCUAUUUGGUACUUAUUGCCAUUACAGAUAAAACAUUGUUUAUAUACGUGAAUGGAUGAAGAAAUCUGGAAUUGUAUGAUUCAAAAUUUAAUUUUUAUCCUAGAUGCACAGUUAUGUAAAUAAAUGAAACUUUCAUUUUUCUGUUAUUAAUUGUAUCAAUGUUAGUUUAGUUUCUGAUGUUGGAUAUGUAAUAACAUGAGAGAAUGAGUGUGAUAGCUGUUUCUUUUAAGCUAUUAUUAUAGGUAUAUUGGUGUAGUAGAUCAUAUCUUUUCUUUGUAGCAUUCUUAUACUAUGUUCGUUGGUGCAAUUUCAGAAUUGUGAUGCAAGAUACAACUUCAGGCUGGUUGUACAUUACCUGUUUACAUAUGUAUAUUUGUAUAUUAAUAGACGCCUAAACCCUAGUAUUUGCUUACAGUAUUACGAAGACGAAGAUCCCAAUAUUGUACAAUCAUCAUGGUAUUUCUUUAAAAAUGAAUGGAAGCUUUCAUUCAGGAGUUGCUGAAUCUCUUUUAAGUCAUAAACUAACAUCCUCAUGUAACUUAUUUGACACAAACAAUGCAAAUACUAUAUUUUCAUUGAUCUCUCAGUAUGAAAAGAGAUUUGAAUUACUAUUAGCAGCAUAGCUAUGAUUAAAAAACCAUAUGCCAUGUUGCUUACUGCUAUGAAAACUUCUAUUUAUCCACCCAUGAGUUGAGUUCAACCACCCUCCUCUUUACAUCAAAUGUAAAGUGUUCAUCAAGCCCUUCCUACUGGACUGUCUAGUCUGAUGAUACUGUUUUCCAAAGUUUAAUAGAUUCCCGAGGAACUGUUGGAAUUACCACGUUAUAGAACAAUUAUAACUAAUGUCAGACGAUUUAGUUGAAAGAUUUUUAUGUUUGAAAAUGUGCAUGAAGGAUUCAAAAGGGAUAUUCAUAAAAAUAAAAAAAGUAAUUUAAA